UCCCCACGGGUAAGGCAAAGGGUCUAGCUCUGGCUUGGCCCAGAUGCUGAUGGGGAACAGCCCUGGGUGCAGGGGGAGCCAGGACGCUGCGGAGUUACACAGCCACGGGCCUGAGCACCGAGCUGGGAGGUGGAAUUGGCACAGAGCCGGGAGCUAGGGUAGCUCUCCAAGGCCAACGUUGCUCCCCACCCCAGCAGACACAGCGCCCCACAUCCUCCCCCACCGUGUCUGGCACCAGGCCCGAAGGAUUUGGGCAGAUAGAUCGGCACUGGCGCGUCACUGAAUCAUGGCGGGGGCCCGGGAAGAAGCAGGAGACAGCCGGCUGGUGGCAGGGCGGGAGCCCCAGCCGCCGCGCAUCAUCACAGUAACAACAAAGACACCACAGGAGCGCCAGGAGUUCACCCUGGCAGAGAACUGCAGUGUUAGGGAGUUCAAAGAGCAGAUCUCAAAGCGUCUUAAUUAUGAUGUGAACCGUCUGGUGCUCAUCUUCACAGGGAAGAUCCUGCGAGACCAGGACACACUGAACCAGAGGGGAGUUCUCGAUGGCACUACCGUCCAUCUGGUGGUGCGGUACCGCUUCCCUGGAUUCACCCGCUCAUGCCAUACGCCUGCCACACCUGCCUCACCUCCCAUGUCUGGCACACAUGCCACCUCAAACCAACCUCUUCCAGGUAGCAACAUCCCCGGGUCCUCCCCGAGCUCAGUGGCUUCUGGUCUGCUGGCCAGGCUGGGACGCAUAGCCCGAGGCUCACCGGAUCUGGCCGACUUCCUUGGCCAUCUGACUCAACUCCUCAUGGCAGUCCCGGAAGCUGUAGUGCAAUUCCUGGAUGAUCCAUCCAUACAAGGUCUACUGGGUGAAAACCCAUCCAGUACCAACCCUUCUCCUGGCACUGGACCCGGGCGGCUGAUAGGUCAGCCACAGCACGCUCCACCAGCCCACACUGCUGAGACCGUGCCUGAGGCCCUGAGGAGCCCCGCGCUGCUAAGGGAAUUGUUGAUGCUAAGAGCAGAUGAGAGAGGUCUGGGGGCUUUGAAGGCUGUUCCUGGGGGUGACAAUGCCCUAAGACAGGUCUAUGCUGAUAUCCAACAGCUGAUGCUCACAGUCCCAGCCUCCUCGCCCCGGGCCAAGGGCCCAGCUUCCUUGUCUGGUCCUUCUAACUCUUCUCCUGCAGCUGGAACUCUUCGGCUGGGGAAUAUGUGGCCUGGGACUCAGGGCAGAGUUCUAGGAACCCCUUCACGGGGAAACUCAUAUAGCACUAGCAUGCCUAAUCUGUUCAUGGGUCUAGGGCCUGGUUCACAUGAUGUGUCCCCAACUGUAGGCAAAGAUUCCCUGCCUGGCCCAUCCAUACCCUCUACCUCUGCCCUGCGGAAUGCCCUGCAUGCGCUGCAUCAGAACCCAGCUCUGCUGCACCAGCUCACUACUGGCAGCCCUUUAAGGCCCCGUCUGCCCCUGCUGCCUAUCCUCACUAAUCCUCGGGCUCUACAGGCUUGGCUGCAGAUUGAGCAGGGCCUGCAGACGCUCUCCAUGGAGGUUCCAGGUCUGGGACCCUGCCUUCGUGGUUCCGGAAGGCCCAGUGGGGGCCAUGGGGUGGGUAUAGCUGGUGGGUCAAAUGCUCGGGUGUCCACCCAGCAACCCACACUAGCUGUGCUGCAGCUCCUCCAGUCCUUGGCCCAUGCGAGCCCCACUACCCUUCAGACCUCACCACCCCCUCCACCACCACAACGGUCACCACCUCCAGCUGAAGGACGCUACCAGCAGGAGUUGGACCAGCUGAAGGCAAUGGGCUUCACCAACCGUGAUGCCAACUUGCAAGCACUUAUUGCUACUGGUGGAGACAUCCAUGCCGCUAUUGAGAGACUAUUGGGGCCGGGGAUUCCCCAGGCCUAGCACCCCUGCCCCGCUACCCUGGGGAACCUGAAAAGGAAGAGAAAGAGAGAGAGGAAAAGGAAGAGGAAAUAACUCAUUUUCGGAUAAUCUCCUAUGCAAAUCGGAGAUCACUGUGGACAGCACCACUCUUGGCAGCUGUCUCGUUCUCCACUAAAAGGCCGCUGCUUGGC